GAGGCCGCUGCGGCCGUUUGAAUUCCGAGGCAGCCGCCAAACGCGGACAAUAACAGCCAGUGUCACCGGCGGAGGAGCCGCAGCUGCCGCCCCCCGGACCUCCUCCUUGGCUCUCCCGCGGCCCCGCCAUGGACUCGCUGCCGGGGGAAGACCCCACCUUGCCCUUGGAGUUCAGCGGCAGUGUCAAUAUUUCCCGGUUACCGGAUGUCUCGGGAGAUGAAAUUCGCAUUCGUCUGGGAGGUGGCGGAGUAUUACCUGAUGUGGCGGAAGACACUGUUUCACCAACCAGAGCACGGACCAUGAAGGAUUUUGAAACCCAAAUCACUGAGCUGCGGAAAGAGAACUUCAACCUGAAGCUGCGAAUCUACUUCCUGGAAGAGCGCAUGCAGCAGAAAUUCGAUGGUCCCAAUGAAGACAUCUACCGCAUUAAUAUUGAACUCAAAGUUGAGCUGGAAAGCCUGAAACGAGAACUGCAGGAACGGGAAAGGCUGCUCAUCAAGGCUUCCAAAGCAGUGGAAAGCUUGGCUCAAGGGGGCGAUGCUGAAAUCCAGCGGCUGAAGGAGGAGGCGCGGAAGACCGUCCAGCAAGUGGAAGAAAGGCUGACAAGGAAGAUCGGCCUUCUGGAGGAGGAUCUUAAAACGGCCCAGGAGGGAAUAGAGAAUGCCCUCGCAAUGGCGGAGCGGGAGAGAGUUCUAAGACUGGCCGCCGAACAGCAGCUUUCGUUGAUUACAAACGUGCAGCCGAAGGAUCUGGAAAUGUUGACGGCGCUAGAAGAAAAAGACAGACGUAUAGAGCAGUUGAGCCUGUCGCUGAAGAGCAAAGACGCUCUCGUCCAGCGCUUAGAAGAGGCCAAGUCCCAACAGAGGUCUUUGGAGGAGUCUUGGUCUGCAGAAAAAAACCAAGAUGGCGGAGUCGCUUUGGUGCAUGAGAAAGAGCAGGAGCUGGAGGCUCUCCAAACAGAAUUUGGCAACGAGAAAAAAGACCUUGAGAAAAGAAUUCAGUCACUCCAGGAAGAACUUCGUGAACGGGAGACGGAGCUUUCUGUCGAAAAGAGAAACGCUUUGAAACGAGACAAAACCAUCCAGGGGUUAACCCUUGCUUUAAAAACCAAGGAAAACGAGAAUGAAGAACUUAAUUCUGAAAUUGAAGGUUUAAACGCAUCGUUGGCCAAGUCCAGAGAGGCCAUCCAUAAAGCUCAGAUGCAGAAAUUUAGGGGUGCCGAGGAUUCUCAGACCCUUCUGAUGGAGAAAGAAAAUACCCUGGCGGACUUGCAUUCCGAAAACCUGUCCAAAGAUACCGAGAACCGUAAACUCCAAAGGAAAAUUAAGAGGACCGAACAAGAGUUGAACGAAUUGUAUCUCGAGAGGGAGAAGUUGGUGAAGGACCUAGAAGAAGCCCAUUUGCAGAACAGUAGAGGCGAUAAAACCAUUAAUGACCUUAGAAACCAACUUGAAAAAACCCUCAAUGAAAUGGAUGAAAAAGAAAAGGCGACGGAGCGUCAUUACGGCGUCCUCUUGAGCGAAAGCAAUCAGAAAUUGCAAAACCAGGAAUUAGCCAUCACACGCCUAAUGGACAGCAUUGCUCAGAAGGAUGAGUUGCUCCAGAACCUCGACGGGGUGGUUAAAGGAAAAGAUGCAGAGCUUCAGGAAUGGUUUUCUAAGUUUCAAAGCCUUUUAAAAGAUCGGGAGUCCCUUCAGAGGCAGAACGAAGAUUUGGUCAAGGAGAGGUUUGCUGCCCGGUCUCAGCCGUCAGUGAGCAAACUGAUCCAAGAGUUAGAGAAAACAAGGGAAUCCGAAUGCACGGAUAUGAUCCAAGCCCUACAAAAACAGCACGGCAUUUUUACCUCUCUAAUCAAGUCCCUGAAAGAUGCUGAUGGCAUGCAGAACUUGCAAGAGGAAUUGAGCCACAUUUUCCUGUUGCGCAAGCAACUAGAAGACGACAUCUUGGCGAACUGGAAUUUGCGGAAGGUGCUGGAAGAUCAAAUCAUGGCCAACAGAAAGGAAGAGGAAACGGUAUCUUUCUGCAGCAAUCAGACGUCCUACAUGAGCAUCUGUUUAAGAGAGCCGGAUGGCUUGGACUUGCAAAUUGAUCAUCUGACUCUUGAAGAGCUUAAGAAAAAGAUCGUGGAACUCCUCUCGGUGGUGAAGGAGCUGCACGCGGUAAAUCAAGAUCUAAAAAGGAAGCAGCUUGAGUUCUCCGCGUUGGAUCCUCUGGCCAAGGAAAGAUGGAAGGUGUUAGAAAAUAGCGAGUUUCUGGAAAGGACGGAAGAAAGCCGAACCCUGAUCGAAGGUUUUGACGAAGAGGCGAGCGGGCCGAGCUGCCGGAGUCCUGAGACGGCCAGCGAGGUAAUACUUUCAGACUAUUCGGAUAGACAGUGCAGGAAUCUAAAUAAGUCUGUGUUUGAACAUGAGAUGGCUGUCGGCGAAGGCUUCGUCGGGAGCGAGGUGGACCCAAAUUGCGAAGCCCGAGAGAGGAGUUCGCUGGUGUCCCUUUUAAAUGAAAAUGGAGCGACGGUACUUGGAUCUAGACAGGAACAAAUGAAAAUUGCAAAUAAGCUGUUAGAUCAUCCGGACACAACCGAGCGAGACAGUUCAAGCGACGAUCUCGAGAAUAAAGAUGAGAAAGAUCUUAAGCGCCUGAUUAUUCAGCUGAGAGCCCAACUCAAAGAGCUCACGCCAGUAAAUAAAUCCCUCAAGCAGCCCGUCGAAUCAAAACCCACUCCGGCUGAGAAAGAAGGGCUUGAUCCCGAACCGGUACUACAGAUUAAUGCGGAGAUUGAAUUGUCAAAAGGGGAAGCGAAAGAUGCAGCUGCGCAGACAACGGUUGCGGAGGGUAAUGCCAGGAGACGGAAACAUGAAGGCAAAACAGCCGCCUCCGAAGGCGAAGUGAAAUCUUCGCGCUUAAGCGACGAGCACCAGCGGAGGAGAGCUUCCGCGAAGAGCAAACAGCAGGAGACCUUCCUGUGCGGCAGUAAAACAUACAAAAGCGAUCCUUGCUACCAGUUCAAGAAAUCCCGUUUGCCCGUUCUGCGGAAAUUGUCGAGGUCGUUAGAAAGCAUCUCCUUAAGCGCUUCCCCGCAGAAGGCAGACAUGCAUCUUCAGCACCGCAUAUUCACCCUGGAUGAAGACCUGAAAGGGAGGCGCACGCCGCCUGAAUCCCUGAGUGAGGGGUUACCACCGAGCGAAGCUGAAACGGAGGCAGCUGGUCGGGAAACUCUGUUACUCGGAGCCGCGUCGUUCAUCAAACUGGAUGACUCCGAAGUGGACGUCAGCUUGGCCAGCGUUGAGAGCAAAGGUGAAUUGAGCGAGGAUCCGAGCGCCAGCCAAGCUGAGUCGUUGAUCAAACUGGAUGACUCCGAAGUGGAAAUUAGCUUGGCCAGUGUUGAAAGCAAGGACGAAAUGAUGAGGGAAGACCAGAGCACCAGCCAAGAAACGGAAGCGCACACGCUUGAGACAGAUCUGCUCCCGCUGAAAGGGCCAAACCAAGAGUCCGACUUCCCGGAGAAGCAGGAUGUUGAUACAGCCACCCUGUCCUCUGUUUCCAAGAGCCUGCUCUCUCUCAAGCCGAGCGUGACAAGUGACAAGGCGUUUGACUGCGAAGCCGUAGAUGACGUGGAGGAGUUGAGGCGGAGGAUUGAGGAGCUGAAGUCCGAAGUGGCGAAGUACCAAAUGCUGAUGACUCACUUCGGGCCUGCGAAGGAAGCCCCUCCUGGAGACAUUUUCAGCGUGGGCCCGAACAAGGACGAUCCGCCUGUGGCCAUCCACUGUCCUCCAUUGGCAGACGGUAGCAGGCAUGACUCCCAGAUCUUCUCUGGUGUCCACCAGCAAGCGGAGUCUCAAGUCCACGUUGCGGACCUCGUUUCUAACGCCUCGGAUCCCCAGAACGAAGAAAUGGUCAAGAAGCUCAGGGAGCUGCUGUCGGAAAACGAGACCGAGCUGGAGAAAGAGCAGAUUGCAAACAUGCACCUGCUAGACAAAGUCUGCCGUCUGCAGAGCAAGCUGAAAGCGGCGUGGCCGAUGGGGCCCAGCUCCCCGAUCGACGCGCUGUCGCCCGAGGACUCCUGCCAGCGCCAGCACUUCCAGGAGAGCCACAGCAUCUGUGCCACGUACCGACAGCACCUGACCAACCUGAUCCGGACCUUUGAGGAGCUCCUGCAGGCCAGCGAGGUGGACUACUACGUCGCCGAAAGCUUCCGCAAACAGCUCAACCAGAGCGCCCAGCUCUUUGAGCGGCUGGAGCUGCAGUGUCUCUACGGAGACUCAGUAGAUGAUGAAAUGUCUAAACUUUGUGGCCUAGCGCGAAGCUUGUCCAACUUCGAGAUGUCAGAAAGAUCGUUCUCUUUGGAAUCGCCUGAGCAUAAAAAAGCAGCAGCGGAGGGCGAGCGGGAAAAGCCAGCAGCCAAAUUUCCCCCAGAACUGUUGAUGGAGCAUCUCCAAGAAAUCCGGAUGCUGCGGUACCAGCUGGAGGAAUCCAUUCGGACCAAUGAACGGUUGAGGAAGCAGCUCGUGCAGCAGGGGUCGGAGGUCACGCGGGACCAAGGUUCUGCAAGCGUUUGUAUCCAUGGCUCAGAGCAACAUAAUUCCCUGACUUCUGAAAUUCAUUUCCUGAGGAAGCAAAAUCAGGCCCUGAAUGUAAUGCUGGCAAAAGGAUCUCGAGACAAGCAAAAGGAAAAUGAAAAGUUGCGCGAAUCCCUGUCCCAGAAGGAGCUUGCCGUCCAGCACCUCCAGAAGGACUGUGAGCGGCUUGGGAAGGAAAAUGAGAAGCUGCAAAAGCAGGUCGGGAAGCAAGAGGACGAAAACGGGCGCCUGACGCACGAAGUUUACAAUGUCAGGAACGAAUUAAAUCGGUUGCAAGCGGAGCUGAACGCCAAACAGCAUCAGCUGUCAGAGAAUGACAGAUUGCUGCACUCGCUGCGACUGGAGCUCAAAGUCUAUGAAAAGCUCGACGAAACCAUCAGAAGUCAAAAAGAUCACAGCUGCGACAGAUCCGACGAAUGCUGGAAAGAUCAAAAUCAACCACUUGACUUGCACGAACUAUUGACUGAAAUACAGAACUUGAGAACACAGCUUGAAAGAAGCAUCCAGGCAAACAAGAUACUGCACGAAAGUCUAGAAGAACAUCUUUCAAGGGGAAAGAGAGAGACGGGCAACUCCAGGUCAAGCGUAAAUAUCAGCUCCCUUUUCAAAACGGAAUGGCACCAUUUCACUGGGAUAAACGAGUUUAAGUUCCCCUCUGCAGACAGCAACAUCCUUGAAUUGCAACAGAAGUAUGGAUGCUACCUAGGACCUCUGAAAGCAGAUGCAGAGCUUGCUUUGGACAACGCGGACAGCUCGUCCCAAGGCAGCUCCUCGGCCACCAAGAUCCUCGACCCCUGCCCCGUCCCCGGCCACUGCGUGUGGGCGGACAAAAACGGCCGGCACGUCCUCGGCUUGAUCGAAGACUACAACUCUUUGCGGAAGCAGAUCUCAGAAGGGCAGAAAUUGCUGUCGGAACUCCAGCUUCCUGGGAAAGAUGCAGGCCAUCGGGAGUUUGGCGUGACGGUUCCCCUCCAUGCUUCUCAGAGCAGGCUUUCUGCAGCCCUCUGUGCCAUCCAGCGCGACCUGGACGAAGCCGCACGGCUGUUGAAAUGCCUCUGGAGAGUCUCCCUCCCCAUGAAAGUCGUCCACAGUGCCGCUUACUCGUUUCAGGACGAAGGCUUGAAGGCCGAACUGCACAAGCUCCGUCGGAAACUGGCCGAGCAAGAGAAGAAACUUCACAGCACGGUCAAGCGGCUGCACUCGACCCACCAGCUGAAAGAAAACAUGGAGAAAGUCAUCCUGGAUCAGCUGACUUUAACUCACGACGUUCUAAAGAAGGCACGAGGAAACCUGGAAGUUCAGCCACCUGAAAACAAAACGUCUGCCUCCAGCCUCAGCAGAAAAAGGGUUUUGUGAAGGCUACACUUCCUCUAAUAAAGACCUCUCCCUUUUUUUCCUGCUAAGCUUAUUCUUUUGACUGUUUCUUUACCCUCAAGGCCUUAAUAUUUAUCGAUAUUUCUCAGAGGCUGUUUCAGAGCUGCCUUCACCAACCUUUUAUCCUCCAGACGUGUCAGACUACAAUUCCCAUCAUACACAGCCAGCAGCAGGAGGUCUCGGAGGUUGUAGUCCUACACAUCUGAAGGUUGGCAAAGUCAUCACCUGGCUGCCCCUUUGCUAGAACCACAAGAGCUUUGGAAAAUAACUUAUUUAACAUUGUAUAUAGCAAAGUUGGGAUUCAUGUGUUGAUAGUGACCACAGCAAGAUGAAUACGACGGCCUGAGGAUUCUUCCCCCAUCUCUUUAUUAUUUUAGUUUAGUUUUUUAAACACAAAAAUGCUGGAAAGUGGUUUUUUUUUUUUUAGUUUUUGGAACCACGGUACUGUGUUUGUUGACGCUAGAAAUCGCAAUACCAAAAUGGAUAAAAAGAAAAGACGCGCCGUCAGUGCCAUGUGACGGGUGCGAAGUCCGGGUGGCAGCCAUUUAACCGAGAGACGUCUCAACCACUGUAGAAAUUUGGAUAUCAGACCAGAAGAGAGACUUUCGGUCUAAUCCAGCUGAGCCCUUAUUUUCCGAAAAGGAGCAUUCCUACAAAAUAUAUAUAUAUUUUUUUGCACUAUUUCAAAGAGUGUGGAAAGCAAGGGGAGGGAAGUCACAUGUGAAACGACCCUGAAGAGAAAUAAUAAUAAUAAUAAUAAUAAUAAUAAUAAUAAUAAUAAUAGUUACCCGCCUCUUCCGCUGGAUCCAGGCGGGGUACAACAUAAAUGCAAAUGCCAUAAAAUACAUAUAAUUAAAACAUUUAAAACUAAUACAUUAUUAAAAGGCAUCUUAAAAUUCAACUGGGCAGGCCUGCCGGAAGAGAUCAGUUUUUAUAGCUUUCUUAAAAUCCGGAAGACUGUUCAGUUGACGAAUUUCUCCCGGCAGGUCAUUCCAUAAUCCGGGUGCGGCAGAAGAGAAGGUCCUCUGGGUAAUAGUUGUCAGCCUUGUUUUUGUUGACUGGAGUAAAUCCUUCCCAGAGGACCUGAGUGUGCGGAGCGGAUUGUACGGGAAAUCUGGCUGGGUGAAUACAGCGGACGCCUCAUUGAGCUUCGGUUUUGCUCAUGACCAAGACCCAGUUGAUAGUAUUCUGAGAGCCAUGGGGAAAUAGUAGACUGAAUGGCGAUCCCUUUAGGCCGUAGAACGUUCAGUGCAGUAACAUUUUAAAAAGAAACUAGUACAAUUGAAACCGAAGGGGUUUAAAUAUUUAAACAUGGCUAACUUUCUUUGAUCGCAAUGACAAAAACUAGUUUAGUGUUUCAGGAACAUAGAUAAGUAUCAGUAGAGGCUGGUGGCUCCGAUGCCAGUGAGGCAGUGAAUCCGCUCUGCGUUUCAGACAAAACCAGUCAGAACUCUAAAGGAGCCCUCUAGGGUGCUUUGGUUGAAACCCACAGAGGAUUCACAGCCCCACUCACGUUGGGGUUACCAACCUCCAUGAAUAAAUAGUGAAGAAGGGGUAAAAUCCAACAUGACCCUACUUAGAGUAGAUCAGUUGAAAUGAACGGCACAGGUAUCAUCUCAUGACUAACCUAAGUCCCAUUCAUUUCAAUGGAUCUGCUCCAAGUUGGACUGGCUUUGGAUUUUACCGAAGGAGAACAAGAGUCAGGCCAGCCUUCAAGAUCUGAUUUUCCAAGUGUCUGAAUCUGGAUUGUAGAAUUGACCAAGCUUUUAGGCCCAGGGGUGGGGAAUUUGUGGCCUCCCAAAUAAUGGACUACAACCCCCAGCACCCCUGACCAUUGGUCAUGCUGCCUGGGGCUCAUGGGCGUUCCAGUCCAACAUCUGGUGGGCCACAGGUUCCCACCCAUCUCGCUUGCACCUGAGAUGCAAGAUACAGCUUCUGAAUCUCGCAUGAGUAUUGAAACUCCUUGUAUAGAUGAACUGCACCAUCCUUCCCAAAAAUUUCUGGACAGGAACUCUCCACCUGCAACAGAUUGCUCCAGUAAUCAUCUGACUCAUCUUAAGAGGCAAUCAAAUAAAUACCAAGAUCAAAAACAAUUGACUUCUGUAAUUGUAAGAAAUACUAACUAGGGCUGUACAUGGACCCUUCAACCUGUUUUGAAGGCUGAUUCAGAGCUUCCGAAUUGGCCCUGAUCCGCCUUGGCCCAGAUUUGACCUGCUCUAGAACUAAAGUGGGAUUCGGAUGUCUGGAUUAUAUGGACAUCUGACCGGCCAGCCGCCUCUCCCCCACCCCCCACCUCAGCCCCCUGCUCCUUGCCUGUAAAGUUACGUACAUGGCUGUUUUACAGCUGCCAUUUCCGGAGUAUAUUACAGAAAUGCAUGUGACGCCAUUUUUAAAAUGGCGGCCCUUGAAGAGAUGUGGGUGGCUGCUGGUGCUUCACGACAGGUCCAGAUAAAGGUCAGGGGCUUGCACGGAUCGGUGGGCGCAUCUGGAGAGGGGCAAGCAGGACACAGUUGGAUCAAUCCGAAGCGCUCCGAAGUGCUUCUGGACUAAUCCGAUUUGCUUCGGCGCAGAUCCAGCCCACUCAGAAAUCUGAGCCAAAGCUUUGCACAGCCCAAAUGCUGAUGUCUAAGUCUUCCUGAUACAUACAGUGACAAAAACCAGCCUCCAACAGAAUCAACUAGGGCAGCCACUACAUCUGUGCGCAUGAAAAGGCCGCUUCGGUUGCGGUUCUCCUUAUCCAGAAGAAGUUGUUUUUCUCUCCCUGCAAGGACUUUUGGACCUCUGGCUCCUCACAUGGUUCAUCAGGGUGAAUUAUACGGUACGCAAAUACUGUAGAGGCAUAAAACUGUGGUUGGCUGUUUCUCAGCAAGAAGUUUAAAAGUGGGGAUUUAUGUCCAGGUUGCAUUGUACAUAGCAAUGUGUGAUACGAUAGGAAACUCUCCCAGCAGGAUGGAGAGUCGAAAUGUUUCUAAUCCA